AUGUCGCUGCUGCGCGUCCUCGGCCUCUGCAGUGUGUUGGCCAUGGCGUUGGUCAACGCCACCGCGAUGAACACCACUACGGUGCCCGCCAACAAGACGGGCAACCUUCGUGUCGAAGAUGCGGCCUUGAACUGGCCGGACCUCACCGACAAGUGGGGUGUCCAGCGCGUGCUACGCUCGCCUCACUAUUGGGUUCCUGUCGAACGCCUCGACUCGUAUAUGACGAUCUGGAACACGAUCGUCAACACGCGCCGCGCGACCGACGCGGGCGGCAAGGUCUGGCACGUCCUCAAGUCCAACGGAGCGACCGAAUUCAACAUGCUGCGCAACGUCCAAGACGACUUGUGCCUCGAUGCGUGGUGGAACCCCGCUGCCAACAAGCCGUUCGUGCACGGCUACAAGUGCAAUCGUGACGAAGUCAACCAGCGCUGGGAGUGGGACUUUAACGACUGGAAUCGUGGCACAAUGAUUCGCAGCAAGCGCCAUAUCGGCUGGUGCUUGCUGAUUCCAAAAUUUGGUGACUCGCGCAUGGAGAUGUGCAGCUACGAGAACCAUGACCUUUUCUUCCAGUUUCGCCAAUGGAAAAACGACUUUUAAGACAAAUAC